AUGGGUUGCUCAUCCAGCUCUAUUUACGAUAGUAGCGACGAAAGCAGUGAUGGAGUAUAUGUGGAACUGCGCUCAACACCACGCAAACGUAACUUCAGCAGUCGCAUUAACAGCACCGCUGAAAGCAACUAUGCCAAGCCGCAACGUUGUGCUAGCAGCAGCACGAGCGGUUGGAGUAGCGAUGGUAUGCGAUCACCAGCAUCCGUGCCAUCAACACCACCAAGAAAAGGGCAACAACUGAAGCGCUCGCCCGCCUUUCGGAAACCGAAUCGCAAGUAUGCGAGAGUGUCCAAUAAGCUGAAAGCCACACCAGAAACUCCACAAAAGCAGCAGCCACAGCAAUCGGAGCGCAUGCCACAGUAUCGCACUUUGGAGCGUUCGUAUGGUUACUACUCUGGUGGCUCCACCGACGACCUCGACAGCAGUUGGAGUACGUUUAGCUGCAAUAGCAUACUUUUGAACACGCAGGACAUGAGCAAUUCGAGCGUGGAAAGCAGCAAUGCACCAGAAUGUGAUGAGCCUGUUUCGAAUCUAAAGAUGGAAAUCUUAAUGAUUCGCGAAAAUGAGAAAAUCAUGCCGAAUACAUCUUCACCAAUCGCCCAGCGGCGCGGCGUUUCAUUCACAAAUUAUGUCAACUAUACGCCACCUACAGGUACGUAUUGCCGCUGGCGUAAAAAUCUGCACGAGGCGCCCGCGUAUUCCACUUGUAAUAUCAGCCAUUUGCCAGAAGCAGUAGCUGGCCUAUUCGGUCCACUCACUCAACCAGCUUACAUUUAUAAACAGGAUUUUGAGUAUGUCAGUGCACCGAAACGCUAUUGCGUAGACUCCAGAACAAACAAAGAUCACUCUGCGCCCAGCGUGCCGUUGGCUGCAGUUGUGCCCGGUUAUGGAGUCGCGCGCACCAUCGAAUCAACCGAACUGUGA